CUGCUAAUGAACAUCGUAAUGUUUCUGUAAAAUCAAAAGGAUUCACAACACAAAACUUCCUGAAACUCAUUAAAACAAUAUGACAACUUGUGUUGUACAGAUGUCAAGAUUGUGUGAAAUUAACAGAAUUUACAGAUAUGUGGGUUCUGUGCUGGCAAUUCAUUCAAGAUGUAUUGCAGAUGAGACAUCAAAUAGAUGUGUGCUAUCAGGGUUCUUUCAAAUUUUUGUUCGGAAAUCUAUAAAUAAAGAAGUUCUUUAUUCUCAUAACUCAGUUAACCCACGUUUAAUCCUUUAUAUUGUUAAAUUCAGAAGGUAGAAUGGUCAGUAAAUUAAGGUAUACAGUAAACAUCAGUGAUGGAAAAAACUCUUAUGUUGGUGAUGAAUGAAUGCGUGAAAAAUGUGUGCCAUUAUUAUGCAGGUUUAUGACAGAAACAAACUGUAAGGAAAUAAUUAAGUAAAAAGUAUCAAAAUGAAACAUUUAGGAGGUUUCUUACCAGGGCUGGGUCUGCGGGGAGCUAAGGUGGGCAUUUUCUCCCCCAGAUUUUCCUUGGACCCCUCCAAAAAUGUCCAGCUGACAACAUAAUUACAUAUUUCUUUGAUGUAUCAUCUCUUAAAUAAUGAUGUGUCAAAUCAAUCACAGAACAUUUUUAAAACUAUGCAUGCAAUGAACUAUGACUAAAUACUAGAAAAACUGUUCUCCAACAAGAACAUGUGAUUGGCCCCCUCCCCAGCCAGCCUAGUACCGGACCUGUUUCUUACUAUAAGAAGGAAUUUAUUUUAUGUGAUGUGUUUCAUUCGACAUGUCUCAGAUUCUAUCACUGAUAAUGCCUUGCGUCUCUUUCAGUGUGAACACAUUAUUCAGAUCUUGUCUCAUGUGUUCAGGACAGUGUUAAUUUCGUUAACGAAAACUACGACGAAAAGUAUUCGUUAACGACAUGUUUUCACUGACGAAAACGAGACGAUAACUAAAUAAAAAUGAAUGCAUGAUAACGAAAACUGUAAUAAAAAUAUACUGACAUUUUCGUCAACUAAUAAAAACGAGACGAAAAUAUUCUUGUCCCACCUGGCGGACAUCAGUUUGCGCGCAUGAGCUCAUCUCAUAUAAACGGCAGAGAGAAGUCUCUGGGAGAAGGGGAAGCACACACAUGUAUUCUGUGUCUCCACGCGGUUAACAACGCGUCUUAUUUUCCUUCACGAUCGCCGGUAAAACGCCGCAAACUUGAAGCGCGACUGCAGGUGAGUCACCCCGAAACACAUUACAAAGGAGCUCAAAGGUUUUUAUAUGCCAAUGUUAACUUAACACGAGCUGCUGCAUAACGUGAAAUGCAACAGAGUCAGCCAAAAGAAACCAGCGCUGUCCUCUACUGAUUAUAGAAGUGAUGAAGUGAGUCAAACUGUACAUUCCAACCAAAUAUGUAACAUGUUUGCAUGACUAAAGAAAUGUAAUACAAUUUAUAUGAAAGCUAUUUCUCAUUCAUUGCCGUAUCAAGCAAAGACAGUGCAGCUCUUUCUUCAAAGAGACAUGCCAUGAGCCAAUAGCCUUUGAGUGUGAGCCCUGUCAGAGCGUUUCAUUGGUUGAAUGAACUGAAUGAACACGCCCUACUUAACGAGUCAAUUGAGUCAAAUGGGAUUGAAUGAACUGGAACAUGUCGUUCAAGGUCUAAUAUUCUGUGUUCCAACAAUGCAAAUCUAGUUACUGGAAUUUUCUGAAAAAUAAAGGUAAUGACCUGGUUUAAUUUCAUUCUAAGGUGAAGUAAAUUAUGUCAAAACAGUUGAAUCUUUGUAUGGAACAUUUAAUUACACCAAGUAAAUGAUUUAAACCAUUUAGAUUUUAGUAGACUAAAUAUAAUGUAUAUUUAUUCGACUAAAAUGUUUUUCAUAUUUCAUCGACUAAAACUAGACUAAAACUAAAAUGAUGGGGUUGACUAAAAUGUGACUAAAACUACAAUGAUGGGGAUGACUAAAAUGUGACUAAAACUAGACUAAAACUACAAUGAUGGGGAUGACUAAAAUGUGACUAAAACUAGACUAAAACUACAAUGAUGGGGAUGACUAAAAUGUGACUAAAACUAGACUAAAACUACAAUGAUGGGGAUGACUAAAAUGUGACUAAAACUAGACUAAAACUACAAUGAUGGGGAUGACUAAAAUGUGACUAAAACUAGACUAAAACUACAAUGAUGGGGAUGACUAAAAUGUGACUAAAACUAGACUAAAACUACAAUGAUGGGGAUGACUAAAAUGUGACUAAAACUAGACUAAAACUACAAUGAUGGGGAUGACUAAAAUGUGACUAAAACUAGACUAAAACUACAAUGAUGGGGAUGACUAAAAUGUGACUAAAACUAGACUAAAACUACAAUGAUGGGGAUGACUAAAAUGUGACUAAAACUAGACUAAAACUACAAUGAUGGGGAUGACUAAAAUGUGACUAAAACUAGACUAAAACUACAAUGAUGGGGAUGACUAAAAUGUGACUAAAACUAGACUAAAACUACAAUGAUGGGGAUGACUAAAAUGUGACUAAAACUAGACUAAAACUACAAUGAUGGGGAUGACUAAAAUGUGACUAAAACUAGACUAAAACUACAAUGAUGGGGAUGACUAAAAUGUGACUAAAACUAGACUAAAACUACAAUGAUGGGGAUGACUAAAAUGUGACUAAAACUAGACUAAAACUACAAUGAUGGGGAUGACUAAAAUGUGACUAAAACUAGACUAAAACUACAAUGAUGGGGAUGACUAAAAUGUGACUAAAACUAGACUAAAACUACAAUGAUGGGGAUGACUAAAAUGUGACUAAGACUAAAUUGCAUUUUCGUCAAAAGACUAUGACUAAAACUAAAUCAAAAUUUGCUGUCAAAAUUAACACUGGUUCAGGAUGGAUUCAGUGGGUGUGAAUGUGAUAGAAACAGCAGCUCUCGGGAGACCCUUUCAUGUGGGGAUGCUGUAUGACUGCAGGAGAGAUGCUUUAAUACCAGGUACCACAACACAAUACAUACAUCCACUUUAAAGGGAUUUUUCAGAUGCAAAACAAUAAAUAUAUACAGUAUAUAUAUACACACACACCAAAUGUUCCUCACCCUCAAGGCAUCCUAUGUGUAUACGACUUUCUUCUUUCAGACGAAUACAGUCAAUUAUAUUUCCAUUUAUCUUGGCUCAUACAGGCAUUAGAAUGGAAGUGAAUGGAGGCGUUUUUUAACCACGAGGAGCUGUGUUGAGCAGUCCGUUGAUCAAUGGAUGCACUUUUUGGAGCUUCAAACUCUGACUCUCCAUUCACUCCCAUUCUAAUGCCUGGAUGAGCCAAGAUAAAUAGAAAUAUAACUUACUGUGUUCAUCUGAAUAUUUGUUUGCUCUUCCAGGAAUCACACUGUGGGAUAAAGAUCAGCUACAGCAGAGUAUUACAUCUCAUCCUCACAUUAACACUGAUUAUAAAGUCACAGCCUCAGACUCCAUUGAGGAAAAAUCCAGAUUACUCAACAUUGAUGAUGGAAUGAAACUGAGUUUUUUAGGAGGACUCAUUGAUCAGAUUUACACACCUCACCAUGAAUCAUCUGUCUUCUGGAACCAUCUCUCAUCAUGAGGUGUUUGAUCACGACACAGCGACACACGUGGUGACGGCGGUUCUGUAUGGAGCGGACGCUUGUUUUGUGUUUGACAGACAGGUUUCAUCAGAUGAAGACAAACAGACGGUUUCAGGAGAUCUGAAAGCUGCUUUUGAUAAACUGAAGUUCAUUUCUGUGGGUGGAAACAUUGAUCUGAGCAUGACUGAUGUUCAGAAGACCGCAGUCCAGACAUUCACAUGCACAUUUUAUGGAGACUUUCAGUUACCGUCUAAUCCAACCAUUUAUAAAGACGCUUUGGAGGUUUUUGCUGAUCUUCCAAAGAUGUUGGGAGAAAACCAAGAACUAGCGGUUCCACUGAGAGUUUGGCUUUAUCCUCUGGACAAACUUCACUCAAAAACUCUCAAACUUCACAAAGACAUCAGCAUGAGUCUCAUCACAGGUGUAGAAGCAGUCAUAGAGAGUUUACGUAUGACUGAGAUGAGAUGCAAUGAUCUUCUCAUGGACUCGCCUGCCUUGACUUUUCCUGCUUUUCAUGAUCAAAUCCAUCACCUGAAACAAAACUGUUACAACUACAAACUGAGUUUCAUGAAGACACUGGGCUCUCUGCUGCCAAACAUUCAUGGAGACGUCAUAAAAGACACGGCACUGACAGAUCUUCUGAGAGAUCACGAGAGAUCUCCGUUCAGAGGACGUGAGCUGACACAAUGGCUGAAAGAGAGACAGAAAGAGUCUGAUGUCAUGAAAACACUGCUCACACAACUCAAUGACUUUGGUGUUAAAGUAGAAAAUAAUCUAGAUAAGAUUUUAAUGGAUCUGAAAGUAGAAGCUGUGGUGAGCUACACGUUCACAUCAUUGAACUGGACAGAUGAGAUUCUCUCUAAACAAGAGGUCUAUCUGAAACCGUCAAGGAUAGAAAACAAUGAUGGUGAGAAUACACCUGGACAUGAGUUGAAGAUAAAGUCUUGGCUCACAGGUGACAUCAAAACAACAAUGAGACACAACCUGAAGAUGUUUAAAGACCUGAUGGACUCACAGGAUCGUAAACCAGCAAAGUUUAUUGUCUCAUCAAGAGAAAUGGAGACUCAUCCUGGUUCAUGUGUUCUUCUGUGUGAAGAUGGAUGUGAUGAAGCGCUUUGUUUCACUCCACCAUUAAAACCAGCUCGUCCAAUCACAGCAGAGGUCAAAGGUCACAGCGUGACUCUGAAGAUUCCUCCAUCAUGUCCUGAGACAGUAGAGGUCAGAUUACUGUACAGAAUAAAGAAGGAGACGGACUGGAGAUGUGAACGUGUGCUGAAGGGUGAAGAUACAGUGACUCUGACUGAUCUCAGAUCAGAUACUGAAUAUAACAUGAAAUGUGCAGCGUUGGGGAAACUCAACUACACUCAAUACAGUCAUGAGAUCACAGUCAAAACUCAGGGUUCAAGCAUCAGAACAGGAGAACAGAGUUUGAAGCAAACCAUGCUGAAGACACAACAAAAUAUACAAGAAAACCUCAGAAUUGUGCUUGUGGGUCAGACUGGUGCUGGAAAGAGUGCAGCUGGAAACAUUAUACUGGGACAGAGAGUGUUUAAAUCUCAACUAGGUGUGCAUUCAAUAACAGACAGAUGCUCUGUGAGACAUGCUGAUGUUGAGGGCAGGAACGUGUCUGUAGUUGAUACUCCUGGAUUCUUUGACACACAGAUGGAUGUUGAGAAGUCAAUAGCAGAGAUAGGCAGAAGUGUUUAUUUAUCCAGUCCUGGACCUCACGCUUUUCUCAUUGUGUUUCCUGUGGAUUCGAGGGUUACUCAGCGAGAAACACAGAUUCUUCAGAUGAUUGAGAUGCUGUUUGGAGAAGAUGUGUUAAAACACUCCAUCAUCCUCUUCACACAUGGGGAUAGGUUAGAAGGAGAGCCUGUAGAAGAACUCAUUGAGGAAAGCUGUGGUUUGAGAAAUCUGAUUGAUCAGUGUGGAGGCAGAUAUCACGUCUUUAACAAUGAAGACAAGAGCAACAGAGAUCAGGUCAGUGGUCUACUGCAGAAGAUUGACACGAUGAUCCAGAAGAACGGAGGAGGACACUACACAUGUGAGAUGUACGAGGAGGCACUGAGACUUAAACAAGAGAGACAGAGAGAAGAAGAAGAGAUGAAGAGAGAGACUGAGAGAGACAGAUGAACGGAGAGAAGAGAUUGAGAGAGAGAGAAGAAGGAUGAUGGAGGAAUAUGAGUUAAAGUUAGCUGAACUUAAGGCAGAGCUAGAGACACAUAAAGACAAGAGUCAGAAGAAAGAGAACAGAAGAUCAGAAGAGACGGGGCAGAAAAAAGACAAAAAUGAUGACAGUUGUACAGUUCUUUAAACAGAUUUGGCAAAGAUGUAAAAAGUGACGGCACAUAAAAGACGUUUUGAAAUGGAUCAGCUUUUUUACUGCUAGAGGCAGUUCACAUGUUGUGUCUAAAAUCUAACACAGGAAACCUUAUGCGGCAUUCUCCACGACCAAUACAUUUGAGCAAAGGAUACGUGUGUUUCCAGCACUGAAAAUCUCUAUUUAUGCUACAAAUAUCUCUUCCUCCAUCCACGCUGAGCUUUUAAUGUUGAUUCAGAAAGAUUGGAUGUGAUUGGUCGGUUGGUUGUCAUGUGAUCUGCGGUGCUUCUGCAACAUUCUGUCACACCUAAAAAAACGAGCAUGUCGCACCACAUGAACAUUGUGACUGCGUGCUUGCUGCUCAUCUACAUUUCAAAUGAAGCACUUGAGCACACAAAAGACACAACACGUGAAUGCCAAAUUCAAAAGCACACACAAUUCAAAGCUUACCAUGUGUUCAUUUUAGUUGUAUUUCAGCGAUAAGAUAUCCUCCAUGAGUGGUUCUUGAAAACAGGAUUAUUUUUAGAGAGAUUUCAGUUUGGCUGAAUAUUUUGAUAUUUUUCUCACAGUUUUAUUAAGUGUAACUAUUUUAUAGUAUUUGAUUCAUUUGGUGUUUUUUCAUAUCUCUACAUGCACAAAACUGUCAUUUAUAUAUGAACAUAAUCCUCCUACUUAUGUACAUUGUAAUGUUUCUGUAAAAUCAUAACGUUUAUAAACAUGAAG